AUGGCCCGCGAAAAGAUUGCCACACUGCGCGUAUCACUUUCUGAAUCUGCUCGGGUACAACUUUUGACUCAAACCAAGGAAUUCGAUCGUAAUAUGACUGAUCCAUCUCAACUUUCAACAUCAAGAACUUCAAUGUCUUCAUCCUGUUCAUCUUUGUCUUCUCGUACUUCAAACGUACCAUUUCGAGAACUCGAACCAUCCGUAACUAUUGGACCGAUGCCUAUUGAUAAUUUCAUGGAUGAGGUACGAGAGUCUAGAGAUUAUCCAACAUCAAGAGAAGCGGCAAUAGAAGCAGUAGAAUUGUUAAGAGAGUGUCAUAGGAUAGAAGUCAGUUCAAAAGCACUUGCUCAGCUAUCAGAAGAUGUACGAGUGGAUCAGAAGGCAUAUCGCGUAUUUUUAUAUAGGUCUAGUGGUAUUACUAGGAAAUGCCAAUCUUCUCCGCAGCUUCGCAUCAACACUAGUGAAAAAAGGUGCCCACAUUCCACGCAGCUUGUACAUGCAGAUGAAAGUCAGUCCAUAGAGAUGUAUGAAGAAGAAUUCAUUGAUUCCUCAAAGGCGUCCUUCAAUGAUAUGAAUGAGAUUCGAUAUACUUCACGAAGAAACAAAGACGAAAUUGAACCAAUGAGUCCAAACAAAUGUGAAAAGAGAAAAAGGAAAGAAAAACCAUAA